GGCUGAGAACUACGCCAUCCACCGGUGCUGAGGGUUCACGCACAAGACUGUACCCUACCGCACAAAACCCCCCCGCCACACCCCGCCAUAGCACGCAGAAAUACGCAAAACAAAACACUAUCCGUCUUUCUUGCACAUAUAGAAGUAGACUUUACUAGUUGGUAGCAGAGAAAAUAUUACUCUGAAAGAAUCUACACGAUAAGAGAGAAAGAGUCUCCUCUACUCCUUCACCUUUUUCGCAAAAUCUUCUUCAAGAAUUAGAUUAAUGGAGGCAACGGCAGCGGCGGCGUGGCAGCCACAGGAAGAAGGAUUCAAGGAGAUCUGUGGAUUACUAGAGCAUCAGAUUUCACCAACUUCAACCGCCGACAAGCUUCAGAUUUGGCAACAACUUCAAAACUUCUCUCAAUUCGCCGAUUUCAAUAAUUACCUUGCCUUCAUUCUUUCUCGCGCCGAGGGGAAAUCGGUGGAGAUUAGGCAGGCGGCGGGAUUAUUGUUAAAAAACAACCUAAGAAAUGCGUAUAAAACUAUGACGCCCGCGUAUCAACAGUAUAUAAAAUCGGAGUUGUUGCCGUGUUUAGGAGCGGCGGAUAGGCAUAUAAGGUCGACGGUGGGGACCAUUAUUAGUGUUGUUGUUCAACUGGGUGGAAUUUUGGGGUGGCCUGAGUUGCUGCAAGCUCUCAUUACUUGUUUGGAUAGUAAUGAUCUUAAUCACAUGGAAGGCGCUAUGGAUGCUCUGUCCAAGAUUUGUGAGGACAUUCCACAAGUUUUGGAUUCAGAUGUGCCUGGGUUACCUGAUCGACCCAUUAAGAUCAUCCUUCCUCGAUUAUAUCAGUUCUUCCAGUCACCUCAUACCUCACUGAAAAAACUUGCGUUGGGUUCUGUGAAUCAAUACAUUAUGUUAAUGCCUGCUGCUCUUUAUGCAUCUAUGAAUCAGUAUCUUCAGGGUUUGUUUGCUCUUGCUAAUGACCAGGCUGCAGAAGUGCGGAAAUUGGUUUGUGCAGCUUUUGUACAGCUAAUUGAGGUCCAGCCAUCUUUCUUGGAGCCACAUUUGAGAGAUGUAGUUGAAUAUAUCUUGCAAGUCAACAAGAAUGGCGAUGAUGAAGUGGCUCUUGAAGCCUGUGAAUUCUGGUCUGCAUACUGUAAUGCUCAGUUACCACUUGAGUACUUAAGAGAAUUCUUGCCACGUCUGAUUCCGGUUUUGCUGUCAAACAUGGCUUAUGCUGAUGAUGAUGAGUCGCUCGCUGAGGCUGAGGAAGAUGAGUCUCUCCCAGACAGGGAUCAGGAUCUGAAACCUCGGUUUCAUACAUCACGAUUUCAUGGAUCAGAUAGCGUGGAAGAUGAUGAUGAUGACAUAGUGAAUGUGUGGAAUUUAAGGAAAUGCAGUGCAGCUGCUCUUGAUAUUCUCUCAAAUGUGUUUGGAGAUGAGAUUCUUCCAACAUUGAUGCCUGUUGUUGAGGCUAAGUUAGCUGCUAGCGGUGAUGAAUCCUGGAAAGACAGAGAAGCAGCAGUUUUGGCACUUGGUGCUGUUGCUGAGGGGUGCAUUGAUGGUCUUCAUCCUCAUUUGUCUCAGAUGGUGGAAUUCCUUAUUCCUCUAUUAGAUGACAAGUUCCCCCUCAUACGAAGCAUUUCUUGUUGGACAGUUUCCCGAUUCAGCAAAUACAUUGUGCAGGAAAGCGGCCAUCAAAAAGGCUAUGAACAAUUUGACAAAGUUCUUAUGGGUCUUCUACGGAGAAUAUUGGAUACAAACAAGCGUGUGCAAGAGGCUGCUUGUUCAGCUUUUGCAACACUAGAAGAGGAAGCUGCUGAAGACUUGGCACCACGUUUAGAGAUUAUUUUACAGCACCUCAUGUGUGCUUUUGGGAAAUAUCAGAGACGGAAUCUUAGAAUUGUAUAUGAUGCUAUUGGAACUCUAGCAGAUGCUGUUGGAGCAGAACUGAAUAAGCCUGCUUAUCUUGAAAUUUUGAUGCCACCAUUAAUUGCAAAGUGGCAGCAGCUUUCAAAUUCAGACAAAGAUCUCUUUCCCCUGCUGGAGUGCUUUACAUCCAUAGCACAGGCAUUGGGUACAGGAUUCUCUCAAUUUGCUGAGCCUGUAUUUCAGAGGUGUAUAGCCAUAAUUCAGAGCCAACAAUUAGCGAAGGUUGAUCCUGUUACAUCUGGCUUUUUGUAUGAUAAAGAAUUCAUUGUUUGCUCAAUUGAUCUUCUCUCCGGAAUUGCUGAGGGUCUUGGUAGUGGGAUAGAAAGUUUGGUUUCACAAAGCAAUUUAAGGGACCUGCUUCUGCAAUGUUGCAUGGAUGAUGCUUCUGAUGUUCGGCAAAGUGCUUUUGCACUCCUUGGUGACCUUGCAAGAGUAUGUGCUGUUCAUUUGCGCCCCCGAUUGCCUGAGUUUCUUGACGUUGCAGCCAAACAACUGUGCACUCCUAAGCUGAAGGAAAGCAUUUCAGUAGCAAAUAACGCAUGUUGGGCUAUUGGAGAAUUAGCAGUUAAGGUUCAUCAAGAAAUCACUCCUAUUGUUAUGACUGUCAUGCCAUGCUUGGUUCCAAUUCUCCAACAUUCAGAGGAACUGAACAACAAGUCACUCGUAGAAAAUAGUGCAAUCACACUUGGGAGGCUUGCAUGGGUUUGUCCUGAAAUUUUAUCACCGCACAUGGAGCAUUUCAUGCAAUCAUGGUGCAUUGCUUUGUCCAUGAUACAUGAUGAUAUUGAGAAAGAGGAUGCCUUCCGAGGUCUAUGUGCAAUGGUCAGAAGAAAUCCUUCUGGAGCUCUAAGUUCACUUGUUUUCAUGUGCAAAGCGAUCGCAAGUUGGCAUGAAAUAAGAAGUGAAGAGCUACAUAAUGAAGUUUGCCAGGUGUUGCAUGGUUAUAAACAGAUGCUCAGGGAUGGAGCAUGGGACCAGUACAUGUCUGCAUUGGAGCCCCCAGUGAAGGAAAAACUUUCGAAAUAUCAAGUUUAAUCCUAUUGUGAUCUUUUUCUGCCGGAACUCAUCUUCAGCUUGUGGUUCUUUUGAGCUAACACCUGCAUUACUCGUGAUCAUCAUUUUGUGCAUUUCCCUAUGAGUUGAGUUGUGAGUUACUAUUUAGGGCAUGGACCAGGAUGUCGUCGCGAUUUUUUUUCAGACAGAGCAUCGGUGUUGCCAUAUUUCCUAGAAGCUUGAAGUUGAUCCUCUUCAAAACCCAGACAGUUUUUGGUUUUAGAAAAACUAUCAUAUGGGGUUGCGGGAAUGAUGUAAAGUGGUGCAGUUUUCCAAGCUUUUAGAUAGAUGGUGGUUUCAAAUGGUUAAAAGCGAGGACUUCAAGCUUCAAAUAUUUCUCUUACUUUAUUGAUCAAGAUUAUUUCUGCAUUUUUUCGGUUUCAGUGGGAUAGGUUUCUGUGUGAUUUCCACACGUUUUUUUCUGGUACAAGGGGUUUUUACAUCGUUCCCCAACUGUUAUAAGUUUUCGGCUUCACAUAAUCUCCCCCAAAGUUCGCUACAAAAAUAGGGUGAUGGAUUCAGUGAUUCCUGUUUCCUUGAGAGAUUGAGAUUUGACUUGUGUGGGCAGUGAUGUACCAUGUAAAAUUCUUUCUUUUGGAUUUUGAUUGUAACAAUACCCAAUUUGCUGUUAAAUCAGAAAUUGUUAUUUACCUUGAUCAUAUAAUAAAGCUUUCUUCUUUCUGGUUUGA